AUAGAUAUAUCACCAGCACCAUUUUUAUCUUCACCUGCCUCAAAGUCUUUAAUGGCAAUUUCAUCAUCCCUUUUGUCCAUGCUACCUUUCUUGAUGCUGUUAUUAACUGGUACCUUGCAUGCGAAUGGAUGUUAUACGUCGAUCAUAAGCUUCGGAGACUCGUUAGCCGAUACUGGAAAUUUAAAACAACUCUCGACAAAACCAAACAGUCAACCACCACAUUUCAUGUUUCCACCUUAUGGUGAAACAUUCUUCCACAAACCCACCGGUCGGUGCUCCGAUGGCCGCCUCAUCAUCGAUUUCAUUGCUGAGAGUCAUGAGAUGCCGUUAAUACCACCAUCUGAGGUUAUUCGUAGAAAUAGCGCGAUAGGGAAAGGCCAGGGAGUGAAUUUCGCGGUCGCUGGUGCGACCGCACUGGAUUCAUCAUUUCAUGAAGCACAAGGGGUUGUCAAUCAAUGUACAAAUGCGUCUUUAGGUGUUCAGUUGGAAUGGUUCAAAAGUUGGUUGUCGUCUGUUUGUAGCAAUGGGCCAGAUUGCAAAAACUAUCUUCGGAAUUCGUUAAUUCUCAUGGGAGAAAUCGGAGGGAACGAUUACAAUCAUCCAGUAAUGGUUGGAAAACCCAUUGACGAGCUGCGAUCAUAUGUUCCUCUCGUCAUUGACACCAUCGUCUUCGCCAUAAAUGAACUCAUUGAUCUUGGGGCUGAGACGUUUGUUGUCCCGGGAAACCUACCAAUUGGAUGCUCAGCGGCGUAUUUAACGAUUUACUAUGGUUCUGAUAAAGUAGAAUACGAUAACACAACGGGUUGUUUGAUUAUGCUAAACAAAUUUGCGGAGUACCAUAAUGAAUUACUCCAAACAGCAUUAAAUCAAAUCCGGGAAGUUCAUCCGGAUGUCAAUAUCAUCUAUGCUGAUUACUACAACGCCGCCAUGCAGUUUUUUCGCUCUCCAAAUAAAUACGGAUUCACAAAUGGGGCUCUAAAGGCUUGUUGUGGAGGCGGAGGACCGUAUAACUACAAUGCACUAGUAGAGUGUGCCGAUCCAUCUUCUACAAGUUGCGCUCAACCAGAAACGUACGCUAACUGGGAUGGAUUGCACUUAACAGAAGCAGCAUACCAGGUGAUUUUCAAGAGUUUAUUUCAAGGAGCAUAUACCACACCCCAUUUUAAUUCUUUGUGUCCUACCUCACGUCUACAAGCAAGAGAUGCAUCAUCUAGUUUAGUUCAAAGCUUCUAGUGUAUGUGUAAGUAAACGAAGCUUGUAAAGUUGUAAAGGGUUUUAUUUUAAGAAAAUUGUGAUUUAUAUUUAAGUUAUGCAAUGUGUAAUAUCUUAGCUUGUAAAGAAUAGGUUUUUGUUAACAAAAAUUGUCAUUUACAUUUAACUAAUGCAAUGUAAUAUUUGUAGUCGGAUGUAU